AGAAAUUUACGUUCUCUCGUGUUGAUCGCGAUCUCUCGUUCUACAAUAGUCAAAUGUUUGUUUGAAUUGAAAUCAGAAAGGAGGCAGAGGAUCCCUUGUUCAAGAACGAGAGCGACAAACGCAUUGUAGUGGACAGCUGAACGCUCCGGAUCGAGAUACAUAAGUACCGUGGCUGGGUGUGUCAUAAUGCAUAGGCGUGCUAUUCUAGUCUUGAUAUGCGUGUUUUUGCAAACAGUUGCGGCUCAGCGUAGUCCGACAAUAUCUUACAUAUCACAAGAACAAAUUAAGGAUAUCGGGGAAACUGUAGAACUGGUGUGCUCUGUUCAAUAUGCACAGGAAUAUCCUGUUUUGUGGAUAAAGGCUAAUAGAGAAAGCUUACACGAGCAAGUCGCACUUUCUACUGGUACUGCAUUGAUAAUCAGAGACAGCAGAUUUGCCCUUAAACACGAUACAGCAUCUACUUCUUAUAUUUUACAAAUUAAAGAUAUACAAGAAACGGAUGCUGGAUUUUAUCAGUGUAGAAUACAAAUAUCUGUAAGUAAUCUUAUAAGUGCAGAAGUAGAAUUAUCGGUUCGUAGACAACCGAUAAUUAGUGACAACUCGACUCAAUCUCUGGUGGUGAGUGAAGGACAACCUGUCGUACUGGAAUGCUAUGCCAAUGGCUUUCCAUCGCCAAGGAUAUCGUGGCGUAGAGAAAACAAUGCUAUCUUACCCACGGGAGGCUCAAUCUAUCGUGGUAACACGUUAAAAAUAUCUGCCAUACGAAAAGAGGAUCGCGGAACAUAUUACUGCAUCGCUGAGAAUGGCGUUGGACGAGGUGCCAGGCGUAAUAUUAAUGUUGAGGUUGAAUUUGCACCAGUAAUCACAGCUCCUAGGCCGCGGCUUGGACAAGCUUUGCAAUACGAUAUGGAUUUGGAAUGUCACGUAGAAGCGUACCCUCCGCCAGCUAUCAUCUGGCUCAAAGACAACGUACAGUUGUCAAAUAAUCAACAUUACAGUAUAUCACACUUUGCAACUGCGGAUGAAUAUACUGAUACAACGAUUCGGGUUAUUACUAUAGAAAAGCGACAAUAUGGAGAAUACGUAUGUCGUGCAGCUAACAAAUUGGGUACUGUUGAAACAAAAGUCGAGCUUUUUGAAAGCAUUAUCCCUGUUUGCCCGCCAGCUUGUGGUCAAGCUCAUCAAGGAACUGGUGUAGUUCCAGUUUCUUCUGGACCUUUGGUAUUUUUAGUUUUAUUGACUAUCAUAAUAACAAGAAAUUUCUACGCCAAAUAUUAACUAUCCAGGUCUUCAGUGGGCAGGGGCAAAUCGAUGUGGCUCCUUCAAAUGGCUCUA